UUCAAUUCAUCAUCUGAAGUGAUUGUGUGAAAUCAUCAGGAAACAGACAUUUUAGUAUAGCUUAGCAUUAGCAGGAUUGUUACCUGUGCGUGUCUCUGUGACGGUGAGCUGUGAUGUAAAGCUUGGAUUUUUAUCUGCUGCUGUGUUUGAAGCCGGACUACUACAUCUUCUGAAGGUUUUCCUCAUGUGGCAGAGCUGAGACUAAAGCAUCAUGUUGGAGCCUCCAGAGUCUAGCCAGUCUGAGAUUGUGGAGUGGUUGCACACCCUCCGCCUGUCCCAGUACACUUUAUGUUUCCAGCAAGGAGGCUAUGAAGCUCUGGAAGACUGCAAGGGCCUCACAGAUGAGCACCUACUGCAGCUUAAAGUGUUUCCGACGGGCCAUCGCAGGCGCAUCCUCCGAAGUUUGGAGGCACUAGGGGUGAAGCAGCAGAGCGGUGGAGAGGAAGAUGAAGAGGGCGGGAUGGAGAACGGGAAUGGCCAAAGGAAGCCUGUGCCACACCCGAGACAUAUCUUCCUCAAGGAUAAAAAGAGAGGGACUUCGUGUCAGCACCACCAGUCAAACGAGAGGAGAGAUUUGGAGGGGAGUCAGACUUUACCUCCAGGAGCAGGACUGGGAACAGAAGUUGAGGACGUCCCGGAGAGCAGACCCCUCCACCCGCCUAAACCGGCCCCGCGCAAUCCCCAGAACAUCCGAACAUCACCCUCUGAACAUAUCUGCGUCCCUGCCUUUGUGUCCUUUCGCAGCGAUAGCAGCAGCAGUGAGUCCCUCUCCAUUUCUGAGAUGCCCUCCGACUGGGAGAUAUCCUCAGAGGAUCCCUCGCUGUCUAGCACCGACUCCCUCUACUUUCCUGCCGAAGCCUCCUACUCAGUGCUUACUGAGGACAGUGGAGGUUUUCAAGGUGAAAUGGUGGAAAACUCCAUCUAUGAGGCACAGCCCAGUUAUAAGGCUCCUGCAGGGCCGUGGCUCACUCGCUCCUACCGGCUGAGGCACCGACCAGUCCCUGAAAUCCCAAUUCAGACCAUACUGCCACUUCAGGACAGGAGCACACCACCAGCGCAAACAACCAGCCCUGAACACCUAACCGGCUCCGAAGGUCCCACCGGUGCAAACAGCAUACAGAAAGCUCCACUUCAAAGAGCCUUGACGCCCAUUGCUCCCUAUGGAGAAAUGUUCCUGUACAACAAUCCUGAAAACACUCCGGACCAAGGCGCUAAAGAAGGGUUACAUAAGGGUUUUAAGGACAAGAUAAAAAAGAAGAAACAGAGAAAAAAGGUGUCCAAACCGAAAGAGCUAAAGGAGAAAGGGUCUCCUCCUGCUCCUCCGACUAUCCCCGACCCCUACAAAGACGAAUACUCAACGGUGGACGAGUGUGCCACCAUUUUGCCGCAAGCCGGUUUGGACCAAAGCUUUGCAGUGGCUCCUGGGGGCCUUGAUGUUGGAUCAGCUGCCUCUGGCCCUAAGGACGAGUCUCUAAUCAUGGUGGAGUGUGACCUCUACUCGGAGCCUGCAGAGGCUCUGGGCGGUGAGGCCAGAAAUGCACUGCCUGAUAUUUCUCCAUACGCAUGCUUCUAUGGAGCCCCCAAAAACCAGGUGCUCAAAGUGGGUUGGCUGGACAAACUGUCGCCACAAGGAAAGUGUGUUUUUCAGAGGAGGUGGGUCAGAUUUGACGGCGAGAGCCUUGCCUACUACAACAAUGACAAGGAGAUGUACUCCAAAGGUAUGAUCCUGGCCAGCGCCAUCAGACAGGUGCGAGGGCUCGGUGACAACAAGUUUGAGGUAGUCACCUCCCUUCGGACCUUCAUAUUCCGGGCUGAAAGAGAAGGGGAGCGCCAGGAGUGGAUGGAAACUCUUCAGACGGCCACGCGCCCCCCCGCCUGCGGCUCCCAGAAGCGCUCCAACAGCCUCCCCCACCUCUCCUCCACAAACAAGCGAGGCUUGCUGGAGCUUCGCGGUUACAAAGGCAGAGUGCUUGUGUCCCUGGCGGGGAGUAAAGUCAGGCUCUGCAAAACAGAACAGGACUUUAAAUCAGGUCUCGCUGUAGCUGAAGUGGAACUGACUGCUGCCAAUAUUAGAGACGCGGACCGCAGGUGCUUUGAUAUCAACACACCCUUCAAAAACUUCUGCUUCACGGCCGAGUCAGAACGGGAGAAGGAGGAGUGGAUUGAAGCAGUCCAAGAAUCGAUCGCUGAGACACUCUCCGACUAUGAAGUGGCAGAGAAGAUCUGGUUCAACGAGGCCAACAGAAGCUGUGCCGACUGUCGCGCCCUGCAGCCGGAGUGGGCGUCUGUCAAUCUGGGUGUGGUCAUCUGUAAGAAGUGUGCAGGACAGCACCGCUCCCUUGGCCCAAGUAUCUCCAAAGUGAGGAGCUUGAAGUUGGACAGCAGUAUCUGGAGUAAUGAGCUAGUGGAACUCUUCCUGGAGGUGGGGAACAAGAACGCUAACAGUUUAUGGGCUGCUAAUCUUCCCUUGGAGGAGGAGCUCUACAGCGGGGCUUCGGCGGAGCAGCGCGCCACGUUCAUCCGCAGGAAGUACAGGGAGAGGAAAUACCGGAGGGUCCUCGAGGGCUUUGAUGACCUGGAGCAGCUUAACCAGGCGCUGUGUGCAGCUGUGGUGUCGCCUGACGUGCUGCAGACCAUGGCGCUGGUGUUCAGUGGGGCAGAUGUUAUGUGCGCCACCGGGGAUCCGACCGUCUCCACCCCGUAUCUCUUGGCCCAACGUGCCGGACAGAGGCUACAGAUGGAGUUCCUGCACCAGAACAAACUCUCUGAUUUCCCAAGACUGGAGCAGUGGUCGGAGAACACCACCCUGUCUGACGCUUCCCUCUUCAUGGAUGGCUUCCUCUACAUCUCCUCCGGCCCCACCAAGACGACACUGGAUCGCCGUGGAAGAGAUGACAUGACACGCCGUUGGUGUACGCUGGAGGGCGGCUUCCUGAGUUACUAUGAGAGUGAGCGAAGCCCGUCAGCCAUCGGCAGGGUGGACGUCACCGAGGUGGUUAGCCUGGCUGUCAGCAACACGGAGACAAUGACUGGAGCUGGGACUGUGUUUACCGUGGAGCUGUACCUGCAGACAGAGCGAGCGCUGAUUGUCGGAGCUGAAACACAGGAAACGCAGCAUGACUGGAUCCAGGCGCUAACAAAGUGCUUCGUCCCGCCUAAAGUCGAGGGACUGUUGCAGAGAGACAGCGAGCUGAUUGGCAGACUGCUCUACAAAGAGGGCCAUGACCUGUACCACUGGAGGACAGGCUGGUUUAUGCUGGAAGGCUCUGCCCUGCACUUCAGCCCAGGAGACGAGGAGGGAGAGGAGGAAGUCCUUCAACUCAAACAACUGCAGGAGCUCACUGUCUCCACACAUACGGAGGGUGAGGAAAAGAUCCAAGUCCUGCUGAUGGUGGAGGGCGGAAGAACAGUUUACAUCCAUGGCUUCAACAAGAUGGACUUUACACUGUGGCACUCUGCCAUCACACUGGCUUCUGGCACAGAUGGCAAGGCGCUCAGCGACCAACAGCUGACUAAAAACGGCGUCCCUAUUAUAGUCGACAGUUGCAUUGCUUUUGUCACUCAGUACGGUUUGUGUCAGGAGGGGGUCUACCAGAGGCCGGGGGACCCUGGUCGGGUGGCCCUGCUGCUGGACGAGUUCACCCGGGAUGCCCGUAACGUGAAGCUGAGGGAGAAGGAGCACCAGCUGCAGGACGUGACGGACACCCUGAAGAGCUUCUUAUCCCAAGCAGAGGAUGCACUGCUGACCAAGGAGCUCUAUCCAUACUGGGUGUCGGCUCUGGAUGAGAAGGACGAGAGGCAGAGAGUUAAGAAGUACUCCACCUUCAUAGAGAGCUUGCCAAAGAUAAACAGGUCAACCCUCGAUGCUCUCCUCCAACAUCUGUACAGGAUUCAGCAGUGCUCCAACCUCAACCACAUGCUGAGCGAAAAACUGGCCUCCGUCUUCUCCUCCUGCUUGUUCCAGACUCAGGGACAAACCCCACAGGAAACUAGCGUCAUCCGUGACCUCAUCAGCAACUAUGUUACACUCUUCAGCGUCAAUGAAGACCGGGUGCAACAGAUGGAGAAAGAGAAUAGUUUCAUCACACGCUGGAACGACAAGAAGGACGCCACAUUCUCUCCAGCUGGGGACUUGAUCUUCGAGGUGUACCUGGAAAAGAGAGAGCCGGAGAACUGCUGUUUAAUCAAGGUCUCUCCCAGCAUGCGGUCCGCGGAGCUCGCAGAAACGGCGCUGAGCAUGAGGAACGUCACCUUUAGCGCCGACGACCUCUGGACCACCUUUGAAGUCAUCGAGAAUGGAGAGUUAGAGCGGCCGUUGCACCACAGCGAGAAGAUUCUUGAGCAGGUGCUGGAGUGGAGCACAUUGGACUACCCUAGCUCUGCUUUUCUUGUUAUAAAGAAGUUUUCAGGGGCCAAAAGAGUGGCUGAUGGGAAAGCGGACCACAAGCAGUUUAUAAAAGGCGAUUAUCUGAAGUUCAACGACGGGUCCUCCAAACUGCUGUCGGGGCACAAAUUCCAGGACAGAUACGUUGUGCUACGUGCGGAGCAGCUUCUGCUCUACAGAGAUAUCAAAGGCACCAAAGCAGAGAAAGUGAUCCAGCUCAGCUCUUUGAAAUGUUACCUGGGCCUGAAGAAAAAGCUCAAACCUCCAACAAGCUGGGGCUUCACAGUCUACACUGAUAAACAACAAUGGCAUUUCUGCUGCGAGAAGAGGGAGGCGCAGGUCAGCUGGGUGAAGGACAUCAUCAGGAUGAAGUACGGUUCUGACCUCUGUUCAAAGAGCGUUAACUCAAAAGAAGCUGCAGAUCACAAAUCCCCUGGAGGGCGAGCUGAGGCUGAAGGCCGGAAGAGUCAAACACAAAACCACAAUUCCAGCAAUCAGCCGACAGACAGGAGGAGGAUUUCUCUUGAUGAUGGCAAACCAAGGCCCACCAAGGAUGCUCCACCACGGAUGCCCAACCCCAAGACAAACACCACAGCCAAUUCCCCAAAGCACACCGACAUGCUCAAGGCCCCAGAACUUCCGUUCCGAAAACCCUCUGUGGAUGUUUUCCAGCCUCAACACCUCCCAUCACAGGCCCCAUCCAGACACUUGAAGCCCAUGCCUUUGCCCCUUCCUCCUCAGAGUGGCUGUAAGACCAUCAGCAAGAGACCUGCUCUGGGUGGGGAGGGUAUUAUGCCGCCUAAUCUGCUGAAUGAACUGAACUCAGUGCUGAGCAAGACUGGUCGCACUGCCAAGAACAAUGACUGACAGAAGGUGAAAGAGAGGUACCUUGAACGGUCAGUUUGAACUGUAAGGCAAACAUUACAGAGCUGAGUAGAGAAAUAAGACUGUGGAGACUGACAGAGAAAAAACACAAAAUGCAGAUGGAGCCAAAGUCAGUUGCUUUCGGGGGGGGGGGGAUCAUAGCCUGAAGCCUGCUUUUGAACUUGGAUAUAUAAAGGGAUGCCGUUGCACAAGGGGAUGUGGAAAACAGGUGCAGGAGACACUGGAGGUCAUGCAGACCUCAGCUGGACAUGGCGCUGACCCAAGCACUACAAAACAUGAUUUAUAUGCCGCUCUUCUAAACCCAGAGCAUGUUACAAAAAUAUGUUCAGCUGUCAAACCUCAGAAGUUUCCAGAAAUGCUUGCUUCACGCUUUAAAGUUUCCAGUUACUUUGAAAAGGCUUUUUAGACUUAGUCUGGAAAGUAUUGUGAUUAAUUUAAUCCUUAUACAGUCAAGUUAAUCUGUAAUUAAACAUUCCCUAUAAUUUGAAUUAUUAGUGGCGGGGUCCGCCAUUAAAAUACCCAAGUGCAAAAGAAAAGACUUAGGGCCCACUAACCAUUAACAGAGGCUAAUAGACUCACUUUUUUGUAGACAUGAGCUGCAAUAUUAGCUGGUGGUAGUGGGAAAUCUCAUGUGUAAUUAUUUAUUUAUAAUUAUUUUUAAUAUAUAAAUAUUUGUUUCUAAAGUUAUCCACCCAUUUUUCACUGUAAACAUUAACUGUAUAGCUAACUAGCAGUUUUUUUAAGUCUAUAAUUCUGUGGUGCACCACUUUAAACUUUGCACUGGCUGCCACCAAAUCUCAUUUUAAUAUACAGUAUAAAUAUAUGAAUAAAUAUCUAGUUCAUGUUCUGUUUUAAUUAAAAAUCUGAAGCAUACACUGAAUUGAAAUGGACUACGAGUUAGCACAGGUGUCACCAGAUCUACAGAAAUAGCAGCUUAAGAAGAUUAAGAUACCCACUUUGAAUGUAGUUCAGCACAAACUGGGUUUAACUAGAUAAAUUAGAUGAAAUAUGUCAUUAAGACUCCACUCCACAGAAACACCAUCAGAUUUAGUAAUGUCACACUUAAUCAGAAGCAGGCAUUGAGAUAUAAUUUAACUGGCUUCAACCUGAACAGAAACAUAAUUUUAGCUUUUCUGUUGAAGUUCAGGUAUAAAAUUAACAGUCCUGAACAGAUAUUUUUGCAUGUAAUUGUCUCUUUUAAUACUUAGUGAAAACACAUGCUUGUAUGUGGGGUAUUUAUAAUUGACUUAUACAUUCAGAAACUGAGGAGAAAUACUGCGCACUGUCGCAAAUGAAACAUUUCUAUUUUUGUAGAAAGCUCUGGCUAAAAAUGACCUUUAAUGUGUUUCUGCAGAAAUGCAGAUGGUGGGAACAAUGGAGACGGUGGAGGUGUCAGUGUGUGUCACAGACAGUGAGCUACGCUCAGGAAAAUUGUUUUGGGAGAAAUUGUCCGUUUUAUACUUUUUAUAGCAAUGAAGCUACAAAUACACGCAAAUCCAUCAGAUAAUUACAGUUCGGUAAAAAAAUAAAAUACUGCAUGAAGUAGAGCCAUUAGAAUAAUACGAGGAUGAACGAAACCUUAUGUGGUGACAGAAAUGUGGUAAACCAAAAAGUGAUAAACAUCGGUGUUGUUGUUUAAUGAUAAUUACCUUCAUUGCUUUCAGGUUUAAUAUGCAUCAUGAUUGGAUUCUUUUUUUCCUGUCCAAUUGCAAAGAGGUCUUUAUCUGUGUUUUAUUCCUAUUUUAAUAUUGCAGCUGGUCUCUGCAGGUUUACAUAAUGCAGUCAUUUGGUAAAUCUGCUCAGUGAAUAUAGAGAUUUUAUAUUCCAUUAGAUAGAUCUCACUCUGUUGUGUUCUGUGAACAUAUCUGCAAGAUUUAAUAGAUGAGUUCCUUUAAGCACGUAGAGCAACUUAAGCCCAGUUGUGGAUUUCAACAUGAAGAUCUUUCAUCUUUGGCUUAUUUAUGGAUAAUUAUAUCAUCAUUUUAUUCAUAGAUUUCAUCAAAUUCUGCUUUUUCUCAAGUGAAGUGUAAGAAUAAACUCCCCGUCUCAAGUCACACGCUCGUGUUGAAUAAUGUAUAGCAGUCUGAAAAUGCACACGUAGGCAAUUGUCACACAGGUUCCUCCAUGAAAAAUUCAUAUUAACAUUUUAUUUUCAUUAUGCCUCAUGCACCAGCUGCUUGUCCUUUGUUUCAUGUCCUUAUAUUCUAAUCAUAGAGCUACCACAUUUGUGCAUUCGUGGUCCGAAGCAUUUCUUAUUAGGGCUUUAUUUGCACUGUGCAAAUGUGUGUUUGCUUCCCUCGCCCAUAUUAGUUAUAUUACUGUAUUCAUUUCACUAAAAAUGAAUACGUUCCUACUUAACUGGUCUGUUGAGAGUCAUUUUCAUUCCAAUCUGCUUUUCUGUACAAUAUAAUCUUUUUAUUCUGAUGUGUGAUAAUAUACUGUGUGUAUAUUGUACAGUAUUAUAUUGCUAUUUCUUUUUAAAAUCCCAUUAUUACUCACUUGAGAGUCGUGAAGAUAAUAAUCCCUUUAAAAUUCUGCACCAAACUAUCAUGUCAUGUCUCCUGUAUGAACUUGUACUGAUGCCAUCUCUAGAUCCUCUGCAUCCUUUCCUUGGACUGUCAUCUGUAUGUGCAUUUACCUCUGUUGUCCUCUGUGUCUGUACAACCCAGCAUUUUUGCUGUCCCUCUGAGGCCUAUAGGGUACGAAGGUCACCGUAUGGUGGAAUAGAGUUCAGUGAAAAAAGCUCUGCAAAGUCAUUAUAUGUGUCGACAUUGACCAUAUCUCUCUGUUGAGGUAACAGCUUGUGUGGCUGCAGUGGAGGAAAAGUUCCCUUCCUCAAGUAGUGCACUUAAGUACAAUUCUGGGGUACUUUUUACUUCUUGUACUUGUACUUGAUUGUACACACAUUACUUGUUUAACAUACUUUUUUACUCCACUACCUUAAUUUGACAGGUAAAGUUACAAGUUACUUUUCAGAUUAUUGUACAUUAAAAAUAUACAAUUGCUUUAAAUACAAUACAUUUCACUUUCAAAAAUCAAACCAGAGGUCUCAAACCUUUUUGGCUUGUGGCCCCCUUUUCAUUUCAUACGUUUAUGAGUUUCCCCUCUAAACUUUUCACAUGGUUUCAUUUCAAUAACUGUUCAAAGGUCAGAGGUCAAAUAAUGUAAUGAAAGUAAGCAAAUGUUUGAGAAAGGUCCAGUAAAAUUAAAAGAAAUGCAUGUAGUAGUA